AUGAGCACCACAUCCGAGAUGCCUACAUUCUCCUACGCGCAAGCCGCCAAGGGCACUACGGGGACACCAGCCCCAUCCAAGCCAGCAUCUACAGAGCCCGAAAAGACUGAGACCAAGCUGGAGGAGCUGAGCACAAAUACGCCGGCGACCGAGGCUGUGACAAAGGCCUCUGAACCCGAGAAACAGGAACCUGAGAAGGCGGCAGCAGAUGGCAAUACGGAUGCUGAAUUCACAACCGUCACCAGCAAGCAUACCGCCAAAUCGAAGGCUGCCCACUCCCGGACCUCGUCCCCAAGCGUUCGCAACACGAAAUCUCAACAAAAAGAGGAACAGGCUUCGAGUACCCCGAAUGGUACCUCUGAUUCUACGGAGAAACAGCCCCAAAAUGAGAGCCAAGGGGAGAAGUCUGAAGGUGGAGCGGAAGGCUCCAAAGAAAAACCUGGGGAUUCGGAGAAGGAGAAGAGUGCACCCCCAAAGGAGCUCAAGGCUGCUCCCUUGCCCUCAGUGAACAUCUGGCAACAGCGAAAAGAGGCCCAGGACGCCAGGGUCAAAGCUGGUACUGGACUCAAGCCCGCCCCUGCCGCUGGCAAGACUGCGUCCCCGAAAGCAGGCCCUGCAGCCACAGCAGCCGACGAGAGUCAGCAAGAUUCCUCCAAAGCUAUCUCGAAGAAGAAGGGGACGGAUGGCGUGUCCGAGGGUGCUAAGGACCGAAAGAAGACCGAGGGCGGCAAAUCCCGAGACGAUGGUACAGUGCCCACCUCUAUUGACAGUGACCAACGUACUCGUUGGCCGAAUGGGAACCCUACCGGGGCUUUAUUUUGCAAGCAAGCUGACAAAAUUGUUGCACGAGCAGUUCCCCCAGUAGCGGACGCUUCAUUAUGGCCGACGCCCCAGGUUGCGCUGGGUGAAGAGAAGAAGAAGGCCCAGGAGAAGACUGAGAAGCCCGAGCGAACCGACAAGAGCCCUGUUAUGCGCCCGCACGGCAAGGAAAAGUGGACACCUGUUCCUUACGUCCCUACCGCUGUUUUCAACACUCCGCUCCCGCCCUCUGGCCGUGGAGGCCGAAGAGCCACGCGAGGUGGUCGGGAUGGUGGCCGUGGAGGUGCACAUGGCGCCGGUGAAAAGGGUGCCCCGCAAAAUUCCCAAGGCUCUGCCGCUAAGCAGGGUGGAGAUAGAGGGCGGCACGAGUCUGGCACUGGCCGCGCAGCCUCUCUUCCUGCGCAAGCCAGACGCUCUACCAGUACCGAUGUCGGUCCUACGGCUGACGCCCACAAAGCGUCGCAAGGUGCGGAUCGAAGCCGCGGAGCCCGGACUGGUGAGGAUGGCAACGCUCCGACUGGCAAGCAGACAAAUGGUGGCGAGAAUCUCUCUCGCCCUCAACGUGAGGGCAAGUCCUUCCCACGAAACCACGACGCUCGGGCUGGCGACCGCGGUUCCCGAGGUGCUCACCUGGCUGUUGACCCCCAGGCAGCAGCCCGUGCCAACGACCGCCGUUUUGAACCCGGGUCCAAGUCUGCUGACUUCCUCCGUGAUCCUGCCGGCUACCCCGACCACAAAGAUUUCAACCGAGAGCGUGGUGAACCCCGUGCCGAGCGAGUUCCCGAACCCCCCGUGUCCAACAACACAUUUGUCCCCCAGAAAUCAUUUGGUUUUGGCGACCGCCAGCGGUCACAGCAGCACGGUCUUCCGAUUGGCGCCCAGCAGGGUAACCGGAUGUCUUUGAGGUCGCCCUCAUUGCCCGCCUCCGGUAGCAUGUAUGGCAUGUACCCCUUCCCGACCGAUAUCAACACAAUGUACGGCUACCAGGCCGUGAACCCCGGGCCGAUGAGCGCCAUUCCUUACCAACAGUACAUGGAGCCGUUGUCGCUUAUGGCUAUGCUCUCAAUGCAACUGGAAUACUACUUUUCGGUUGACAACAUGUGCAAAGACAUGUUCCUUCGUCGACACAUGGAUUCACAGGGCUUUGUGCCGCUGGGUGUCAUUGCCGGCUUCAAGCGGAUCAAGUCUCUGACCGAAGAUUAUGAGCUCCUCCGUCAUGUGUCCCGCCAGCUUCGCAACGUCGAAUACCAGAUUGGCGAGGACGGCGUGGAUCGGUUACGUCCGAGGGAGAAGUGGGCGCAAUGGAUUCUCCCUGUCGACCAGCGCGAGCACUCAGCCCAGCACGACGGCGCACCUCCCUCCAACCACCCCGGCAAGACCGAUGAAAAUGCACCGUUGAAUAACCAUGUCGAUGGCGCUCCCAACGGAACCCUCCACGGUGGAUCGCGCCAAUUUAUUCCCAACGGUACCCUCUCCCGCGUUCCAAUCACGCCACUCUCCUCCGCAGCUCCCGAAUUCAUGCCGUCCAUUCCGCCAGCGGCUCAGAAUGAAAUUGCCAAUGUAGGAGACCCCAUCGAUUUUUCUUUUUCUCAAGACUACGAUUCGACACCUUUAUGCAUUUGUGUGAUUGCGCCUCCCUUGCACUACUCAUAUGUUGACGCUUCUCAUCCAGCGCGCGGACUAAAAUAUUCCCCCGAGACUCCCUUUUCUUCUCAUUCCGAAACGGUGGCGCACUCAAGUGGGUAUGCAGAACCCUUCCCACGAUCCCUGGUGGCACAUCCUCCGGGUGAUCCACAUGCCACUGGACGGACUUCCAAGCGUUCCAAGUAUUUCAAGCGUUCCAAGCGUUUCAAGAAACAAAAACGCCCACCGUUCUCGUCGAAGAAGAGUAAAUCCCCAUCUCAAGCCAUGUCCGAUUAUGUCUACCACGAAUCUCCCGAAGCCGUUCACAAUCCAACUUUCAUGGGUCGAAAAAAACCGGUGAUCGGCAACUGGGCUUCUAUCAUAGGGCCUCCUUAUCGAUCCUGGUCACAGUACCUGACUCGCACUUUCGAUUCGCUACUGUACAAUCAAUUUAGGCGUCUAGCCCUUGAUGAUCUUUUUACGCGACACGUCGACUAUGGGUUCAAUGCUCUCUUGGACUAUUACCGUGCUUGUCUGCUGAGUCGCUGCGUACUUUUUGACGAGGUGCUGCAAGAUAUGGUCAGCCUUGCCCGGGGCGGCCCACAUCUGGAGUAUCAUGACACUGUGCAUCAGAUGCUCUCUUCGACUCUGUCGAGUGGCCUCAUGACUCCAGAAAGACAUGCCAAAGUCCGCCAAUUCUUCGAAACCCCAUAUGCCACGACAGCCCUGGGAAAGUCAUCAUCUUGA